CUUUGUCGCUCGCGGCGCUGAGCUGCGCUGGUGCGGAGCUGCAGCGGGCGGAGCAGCGCUCGAGUCUCGCGCUCCGGGACCGCGCGCAACCGCGCAGCAGCGCUGCACGAGGCGGAGGGACCGCGCCGGAGCGGCUCGAGGCCGCCGCUGAGGGGCGGAACCGUUAACGGUCGCGGCCGUUAACGGUCGCCGGCGGAGCGGCCACCCACCGCCCGCUGCUGUCCGGUGAGCGCCCACGGCCCGCCCAGCGCCCUCAGGUGUCCCGUCCCGCAACUGCUGCGUGAGAUUGGCAAUGUCAAGUCUCAGUCAUCAGUACAGUGCACUGGAAAGGCUUUGUGCAAAAGCCCUGAGGGCUGAGAGGCAGCUGACAGCCUUACCCAAGGCCAAGACCACCUGGGAACAACACUGCGAUGGUUCUGACCCUGGUUGGACAUCUAAUCUCAAGCCCAGCCAUGGCCAGAGAUUCUAGGAUCUUCAUGAACCAGGACAUGGACAUCGGAGUUGCAUCCAGAGAGCCUAAGAAGAUUCCCAAACAGGCUCGGGAUGACGUCCCCAUUGCCACUGACCGAACCCGACUCAUAACAGCAGAAGGUAAGAAGCCACGGCAGCGGUACAUGGAGAAAAGUGGCAAGUGCAAUGUGCACCAUGGGAACGUUCAGGAAACCUACCGAUACCUUAGUGACCUCUUCACUACACUGGUGGACCUCAAAUGGCGUUUUAAUCUUCUUGUCUUCACUAUGGUCUAUACCAUCACUUGGUUGUUUUUUGGGUUCAUAUGGUGGCUCAUUGCCUAUAUCCGGGGAGACCUGGACCACCUUGAAGAUGAAAACUGGAUCCCUUGUGUUGAAAAUCUCAGUGGAUUUGUUUCUGCGUUUCUCUUUUCUAUUGAAACUGAGACAACAAUUGGGUAUGGCUACAGGGUUAUAACUGAGAAGUGCCCAGAGGGCAUUGUACUGCUCCUGAUCCAGGCUAUUCUGGGCUCCAUAGUCAAUGCGUUCAUGGUGGGAUGCAUGUUUGUCAAGAUCAGCCAACCAAAGAAGAGAGCUGAAACCCUCAUGUUUUCUAACAAUGCAGUGAUUUCCAUGAGGGAUGAGAAGCUCUGUCUCAUGUUUCGUGUUGGAGACCUCCGCAAUUCCCACAUUGUCGAGGCUUCCAUUAGAGCCAAACUGAUUAAGUCCAAACAGACCAAAGAGGGAGAGUUCAUCCCCUUGAACCAAACGGACAUCAAUGUGGGAUUUGACACUGGAGAUGACAGAUUGUUCCUGGUGUCACCUCUUAUCAUCUCACAUGAAAUCAACGAGAAAAGCCCCUUCUGGGAGAUGUCCCGCACCCAGCUGGAGAAGGAAGAGUUUGAGAUUGUGGUCAUUCUGGAAGGAAUGGUGGAAGCAACAGCCUUGCUGCUGCUCCAGUCCUCAUGUAAUGCCCACAGCACAACCUCGGGGAUCCCAGGGCAGGCUGUGCUCUGAUAUCUUCCAUCUUCUGCUGCCGUACCAGAAAUGUGAGCGUCUCACUGUACAGCUAAUGGAGGAAGACUCUCACCUGCUCCAUCCCGUAUGACUGAGCUGAAUUUGGAGCUGAAGAGGACGUCUGUGUGGUUCAAGAUGAACUCCACAACGACUGACUGGAUCCGCACCUCCAUGAAGGCAGCUGUUCCACUGAAGCAGGCAGACUCAAUCUGCUUUGAUCUGAAGAAAAGGUACAUUAAGCACCACUGCAACCAGCCAGAAGAGUGGGAAGGUGUGCACCCCUUGGGUAAGGCUUUGGCUCAUGUUAACUGUUGUGCCUCACUGCACAGGCAGACAGAACAUUAGGGACAGACAAGAGAUUAAAUCUCAUCCAAGCAUUAUAGAAAUAUCACACUGACUGCAGUGAUUUAUACCCUGUUGUGGUUAACCUGGCAGGUGGCUCAGCACCACACAGUUGUUUGCUCACCUCCCCCCUUCCCAAUGGGACAGGGGAGAGAAUCGGGAAAAAAAACAAGUAGAACUGGUGGUUGAGAUAAAAUAUUUACUAAGAUAGAGAAAAGGAAAAGGAUAAUAGUUAUACCUAUGCAUUGCUCACCACCCCCACCGAUGCCCAGCCAGCCCCUGAGCAGUGGAAGAGAUGAAUUCCCAACCCCUUGAAAACUCCUUCCACUUGAUGCCAUAUGGGAUGGAAUAUUCCUCUGGUCAGUUUCAGUCAGCUGUCCUCAUCCUGCCCCCCCCCCCCCGCUCCUUGGGCUCUUUGCUGUGAAUGCCCUUAGCUCUGCACAACACUGCACAGCAGCAGCUAUGAAUAUCAGUGUGUUAUCAGCACUGUUUUCUCCUAGAACUGUAACAUGGCACCAUACCAGGCACUGCAAAGAAAACAAUUCCAUCCCAGCUGAAACUAAGGCAUACCCAGAUUUUGGCUUUAGGCUAAAACAGGCAAGAGAAACAUGCGGUCAAAAAGGAAAAGACGGGUGGGGCAGGUCCAGAUGGAGGUAAAUGUAUUGCAUACACAAAGCAGGAGCUCACCCUUAACUUCCUUCCAGAGACAAUGUGUGGCAGCAGUUUAAUGCAGUGGCACUGCACAAAGCCCAGCACGGGCUGCUACACGGCUUUCCCUCUAGCAGGAAAUGUCUCCAACUGGUCCUGCUCAGCGAGAACCCCAGUAUUCACAACAGCAAACUCAAAUGAGAUCUUUUAAGAGUGCUUGUGAGUGAAUUGCCAGAGAGGAGAAAAUAGCUCUCCCUCAUUAACUGCUCACAGGGGGGAGCUAUGACUCAGACUUCUCAGGCUGGUAACAAAGCAGUGCAGAAAUCAAUGCAAUGGAGGCCAGGGGUGAUUUUCUUUCUUUCUUUUAAAGCACAGAUUUUAAAAUUACACCAUUAAUUUUAGACUACCCCGUUAGGCACAUUGAAAACAAACUGUAGGAGUCAUUUCUCCGAGAUCAUUUCCCUAAGCCUGAAUUUUUGCAGCCAAAUGCUGUCAGCUCAGACCCUGGAUACUUCUGCAGUGGGCAAUCAGCAAUGCCACUGACCAAAUUUCCCUGGAUGAUCAAGGGCACAUCAGUCCCAUCUAACUGAGUGGGAAUUAUCACCUGGAAGUGGUGCUGGUGGGGUAGGGGGAGAACAGUCCAGGCUCUUCCCCUGCUCUGAGUAACUUACUAAAAUGUGACAGGAGAGGAGCACGUCUGAUGGAGAAAAAGGUAAGAUUGUUGUGGUUUUCUUUUCCAAUAGAACAGAUGUAAGCCUUGAAAUGGGAAAAAAAACCAAGUUUACCUUAAAAGGUUUGGAGCCCAAACAAUCGCUAAGUUCUUCGCAUGCAUGUUUGUGAUGGUGCAGUAAUCAGCCAAACGAGCUAAGUGUCUCAUUAGGUAUUCCAGUGUCCUGGAAAACAAGAGAAGCACAGAUGUUCAGCACCAAUGGAGGUGCCAUGCUGCAACUGACAAACAAACCUCAGUUCAUUGUUGUGUGUUUUCUCUCUGUGACCAAUCAAUACAGAAGUUGAGCUAUGUGGUGCCCUAAGAAGAAUGGUGGGGUUGUCCUUAUCAUAACAACUACACAAGGGUGGGGGGGAGGGGUCUCUUCUGAGUCAUCCAAGGCAGAGGAGAAAGCUGCUUUCUGCCACAGGACUGGAUGCAGCAGACAAGGAGGUGAGGGGAUCAGCCAAAUGCCACCAGCAGAGCACCCUGGAACUUCAUCAUGUUGCUGCAUUAUCACCACCCUGUGACACUAAAAUACAACUUAUAAAGCAUUUGGUAGCAUUCUGAUCAUCCUGCAGUGUUCAUUAAGGGUUCAUAGAAUCAUAGAAUGGCCUGGGUUGAAAAGGACCACAAUGAUCAUCGAGUUUCAACCCCCUGCUAUGUGCAGGGUCACCAACCACCAGACCAGGCUGCCCAGAGCCACAGGAGUUACAGGAAAAAACACUGAAUGUUAACCUGGUCAGGGGAUCCUGAGCUUCAAACAGCUCAGGAUACCAGCAAAGUGUAUCUGAAUAAGACUUAGGCAAUGACUGCCUACAGCUUUCUUACAGAUCUACAAGAGACCCAUCAGAUUCCAGGUUAAACUUCACAGCCCUGUGUCCAUAUGAAAAUAAAGCUGCUUUUUACAUUAUUAUCCACUGCUACUGCAAAACUGGGCAGAGGGACUCCAUCCCUUCCAGCAUGCACAGCUCCAUCUCACUGCAUCCCACAUAGUGCCCACUGCAACCAGCACAGCUCAGCACCUGUCUGCAUGCUCCUUAGUUACCAUAGCUCACAUUUAGUUGGUAUUGAAUCCCAUACAGUACAUAAAUCACUCAAUGAUAUUUAAUUAGUUAUUAAUAAUUCAAGCUAACUACCAUACACUACUCAUUAAUAUUUGAAUACCUGCAGGCAUAAAUUCUAACAUAUACAAUCACAUUAUGAUUGGCCGCUAUGGAUGACCAUGCAUUAUGAUAGGUUCAGUAUGAUAGGUUAAUAUGUCUUAUGGUAAAUCAAUUAUUAAUACCAAUCACCAGACAUUAUAUUUAGUUAACACUAAAUAUGAUCACUAGUUAGUUAUACAUUAUAUUUAGUUAGUUAUUAAUAUUUUGAGAUUAACAUAUAUAUUAUUUAUACCAAUCAAUACAUUAUGACUGGUCAAGACAAACUGCAAUAUUAUUAAUACUAAUCAUCAUGCUUUAUAGUAUGAGGACAUUUAUUGUACAGUGCAGAAGUUAUUAAUACUGGCUAAUUGCCUAUUAAUAUACAUUGCAAUGAUAAGAGCUAAAUUAUCAUACACCACAAAUAGUCACAAAUAUCAUUUAGCAUAUAUUGAUAUUAUGAAUACUAAUUACUACAUGCUACUCUAAUGAGCUCCUUGCCAUUGAAAUAAUAAACACUAUCAAUAGUUAUUAAGUCAGUUUUAGCAUUUGCUAAUUAUUAUUAUUGCUAUUGGCAUUAAAUAUUAAGCAUCCCCAUGCCAAGGGACUGACCCAAACAUGGGCCUUCCCCAAUGGCAUCAGCCACUUCUGACCUCCUCAGCAUGGAUGUCCCUCCUAUAUGGACUUCCAGAGGCAGUAAAAUAAGACUAUGCAAAGUAUAUAAUAGUGGGUAGGUAAUUAUCUAAGUAAACUCAACUAUCUAAGUAAAAUCAACUAUCGCCAUAACCCCCUUUAAUGUGCACAGGCAUAAUGCAGCCAGCAUGAGACAAAACCUGGAAUGGCAUCAUUUGCUGCUCUGAAAUGCAGCAGUGCAGAGCUACAGAGCGAGGGCAGCACUGACCUGUAGUGAGGGGGGGGCAGCUGCUGGAUGACAUCGUGGAUUCUGACCAACCGCUCCUCAUCUGUAGCAGCAGAAACAGCAUCCUGGAAUAAUGCAGAAAGGGAUUUAGACACAAAUACCUGCUGCGGGCUCUGGAACUAUGGGGACAGUGCACUGCUUGUUAGCAUUGAGGCAGAUUUUUUUGAGCCUCUCUGCCUUCCAAGAGGCAUCUUGGGAACACAGUGAUGUAUGCAGCUGAUGUGAUAAAGGCCAAGGAAUCCAAGCACUGGGCUGGUUUACAGCCUGACUGUGCAGCUCAGCUCCUUGCAGUGGGCAUCCAUCUCCAAGUACCAUUCCUGUUCUAUAAACAGUUGGGACAUAGGAAAAAAAACCAGGAAUUCUCCAGAAGUGGCAUCAAUGUGAUGCAGGACAUGGCAAUGACACAUGAGUAAACCUGAUGGGGCAACAGAAUAAGGACCUCAAACCUGGGGUACCACUGCACCCAUCUCCCGUUGUUGGAGUGGCAGGAUGCUAACAGCAGGUGGGCAUCUGCUGUGUGGGAAGCACGAGCUGCUUGCUUCACACAUACACCCUUUGGAUCUCUAUAAUAACCCAAACUUAAACUGAAUUAAGACCAAAAAAAAAAAGGGAGCAGAUGUAUGUGUAUGUGACAGGUCACGCCACGAGGCCCAGCCUUGUACUUACUGAGAACUUCUCAUAGAGCUGGUAGGUCAGCAGAGGGUUCGGGAGCUCCCUGAAGUACAUUUUGCAGAGGGAGCUCACGCUGUGAAUGUCAUGGAUGUAAUUGUCCUUGGUUAGGUCAGGAAUCUGCUCAGAGUCAAACUCAUGGCUGCAGAGGACACAAAAAUGGGCAGAGGGAUUUGAAAAGGAGGGAAAAAAAAAUAGAAAACAAUAUAAAUUAGAGCCAAGAAAAGCAAGAGGUUCCUGAUGUCCAGGAAAAAAUACAUACUUAGUCACCAACACCACACGACCCAUUCUAGACUGGAUGUUUCCAAAAUGGACCUUUUCUUUAUGAUAAGGCAUUCUCAGUUAGCUUUACAACUGACUGCCCGGUUUACAAGCACUUGCAGAGCCCCCAGAGCAUGUUUUCCAGGAGCAUGAGCUGCCUGGAGGAAAAGUCCCCGCAGGUCAGAAGGAAAAGUGCUUCCCUUUGCAUUUCAAAGGCCUGGAAACUGAAAUAAGAAAGCAGUGCUGAGCAAAAGUGCCACUGGCAGCUGCUGUACAUGGAAACUUUAGCAUGCAGAAACUCCUUGGGUCCACGCUGGUGAGCUGAGCACACUUCUGCUAUGGGGUGAAGAGCACCUGGAACCACAUGAAGGCAAUCCCUGAGCAUUCCCUUGGUUUUCAGAGUGAGAAAAAAAAAACCAAAAUCACCGGCAUCUAUGAAAGAAAAGCUGGGCUUGGAAGGCCAGGAGCUGGCUAGCUGCUAGGGUACGUGCAUGGAGAUGGAGGUUUUGAAUUAGCAGGCCAGUUCUGCAGGGGCCAGCAGGGUGAGUCAGGCACAGGGAGCUGUAAGAACAGGGCUGCCGCAGGCAGAGCUUGGUUUCCCUGCAAUCCUCUUUAAGCCGUAAACCAAAGUGCUUAACACUGACAUGGGGAGUCAGCUUGUCUACACUCCAACUGCAGCAAAGUCAGGAGCCCAUCUUGGCCUCCCAGUCCAGGCCAAGCAAUGUGCAACACAGAAGGUACAACCUGCCUUAGGCUCAGACACUGCCUCUGUGCUGCAGGAAAGAUCCAGUCUGUACCGUGCCCAAGGCACCAGGAGUACUUGUAAUUGCAGUGUCAGGUGUGCAUCCCCUACAAGAUGGGGAAGGCGCUGCUCCCUACACCGGGACAUGAAAGGGUAGAUGAGGAGGAGAAGAGAGGUCUGCUUCCUCAGACAAGAAGAAGAACAGUCUGCUCCAGGUUCUUGUCCCAAAGACAGCACGGCACGGCACAGAAGGAAGGAAAGGUUUCUGUUUUCCCCAACUGAUGGAUUCCCUGCAACCACAGUCCUCUGUUCAGUAUAUGCAGCUCCCACAGGCAUGUUCUGACUCAUCACCUACUCACAUUUGGAAGACAAACUUGUUUCCUACACUUGGCUCCACAGAAGACAGAACUCGAAACCAAGAGCGAAGGAAGGCACCAGCCCACCCCUACAAAUAACUGAGCCCUGGGGGGCGCCUGGCCUCAUCCUGCCCUCCUGCUACCCCUGACUAUUUGCCAAGGAAGAAAUCGCAUGCCAUGUUAGAGAAGUACCCCUGCAGAAGCAGAACACGGAGUGAGGAAAGGGAAGCCUUACAUUCAGCCUUCCCUGAAGGAAGAUUUUGUUAGCAGGAGAGCUUUGCAGCAUCUCCAAAAAAGCCAGAACCAGAAUGCAGAGAGAAACAUGCCAACCUGACACUGCUGUGCUUAUCACACACAUCAAGGCACAUUUUGCUUACAAAAAGCAGUGGUGAUAUAGAUGAAUAACGGGGACAGUGUCUACAAGUUAUGCCAUGUAUUCCACUCCUUUUAUCUCAGAAAAUUGACAAGAAUGCUAUCAUCUCAUUCGCUUUAUUAGACCAGGGAAUUAUCCAGUUAAUGUUUCAUAAAAAACAUUUUUAAAGCACCUUUGGAGUACCUCUAAACACAAAAUGGUCGUGGCUAAGCAAAGGGAAAAAAUGGGCUUAAGUGGUGACAGAAAGGAUGGACCAGCUCAAGUUGGAAUGGGGAAUUAAAGGGUUGGAACUGAGGCAAGGACAACCAUUUUAUACAGCAGGCUGUUGUGCACAACAGAUGCAGGCAGGGUCCUUGGAGCCUGCAUAGCAAAGCCUCACAAGCAGAUUGUUAUUGAACUCGCUGUGAUAAAAGAACAGGAUUAAGCUGAACCAGAAUAAGCCCAUCCAUACAAGGGUUUGUACAGUAACUGUGCCAGCUCAAAGGUGUCCAUUUAACUUGGGAAUAGCUGGUACAAAAAGGAUAUCCUCCAUAGGGAAAAUACCCCUUUGCUGCCACUGUAGGCCUGGAAUUGGUCACAUCCCACAGUUCUCUAAGUCCCUUCAUAACAAAAGAAAGCACGGCAAGAAAGGAGAGGAAACAUCCAGAGCUUCACAAAGGGAUAAAAGGACAGAAAUGGUGACAUGAGCAGCUCUGAGGUGGGGAUGAGGAGCACUUCGCCAUCCCCCGCACAGCAAUGCCGCCCACCAAGGAUUAUGCAAGUGCUCCAUCACACGUCACUAAUUAAUUGCUAACAUGCCAGGAGCCCAAAGCAGCAAGGAGAAACAUCAGCUGCUCAAAAGGGCUCCGGGAACAAGAGGAAACUGGAAUGAAAUCUGACAGCAGUGACACCGCAGUCCCGGAGCCUUCCAGUGCUCUGUCCUGAAGGAGAGCUUCCUGCACCAGCGAGUCUGAGCACCCCAUGUUCCUAUAGAACAGCACCAAGCCUGGCACAGCACUGCUGAGUGCACACUGCUGCAUAGAGCUGCCCCAUAGCACAGGCCUUUGAAGCCCAAAACAGGCACGUGUCCCACCCCACACUCUGACAGCUGUGUCACUCUUACCGUAGCUUCUGGAUGUUGGACGCAACGCCGGACAGGCGGUAGAUCCCAUCCACAAUGCCAUGCUUCUCAAUGAAUUCCGUGCAGCUCUUGAGGACCUGGGGGACUAAAGAACAAGUGCCAGUGGUUAGUUGAGCUUGUUAUUCUAGUGUGGUUCAGGCUGUGCUCUUGUCACAUCCCAUCCACUAAGCCCAGCUGGGCUACUGCUCGGUUCUUCCUUAAAGGAGAAAGCUGUCAGAGAUGUCGCUGCUGGUGAGGAUACUGGACAGAGGUGAGUUCUUUGCUUUAAAGAAGUGCCAGGACCUGUGUAUCAGCCUGGAGAAAGUCACUGUGGUGAAGCCAGAGACACUGCAAGUCCCAUCACAGCGCCCACGAGAAAGACGGUGUUAAAUCUCAUGUCCAGAAGAGCUAUGAAACUGAUUCAAUAUGCUCUCUUUGGCCAAAAGGCUCCCUUUGUUUUCAGACCAACAUGGGAUUGACUUACACAGCUUGGUUUCAGCAAGUACAAAUGUUGAGUGGAUGCUGCUUUCUGCACCAGGGAAAGUGCAGUGUUUACAACUGGUAAUUUCCUCCCCAGAGUACACAACAAACCACACUCACAGCAACAGCAGUCAGACCGUCGUACGACAGAAUGGAAAAAAUAAGCCCAGGAGAUAUAAUUAGGUGUCAAGUUAAUAUUUAAGCCACUUCACCUACUGAUUCUUUCCAGUUGACUUCAGUCCCAUGCUCAGCUGCCUGAGCUAUCUGUCCAUCCAUGUGGGUUUGAGGAGCAGCACGUCAUUUUAUCUAUCAUAGGGAGAUAAAACUUCUCUAAGCACAGAGGAAAAUUAGGACUGAGCUCCUGUGAACGUCAGCAAACCUGCAGGGCGAAGCCCACCUCCGUGUGGAUUCCUCCACAAACCACCUUCGUGCCACAGCUCCUAUGAUGAGCGAGAUUUAUUCUUACAUCAGAUGCUAAGUCUGAUCCUCAACAGGUCACGUGGCAAAUCCCCCCUCUAUCAAGCAGCAAACGCCAUCUGCCACUCAGUUCUCCUAAGUGCUGCUGAACGGAGAUGCUCUGUGUAUCACUGCUCCUCUCUGGGCUUGCAGCAAACAGCAGACACACGGCAAGAGAAGAGUUGCUGUAAGUGGUUCCAUGGUGGUCAGCAGAAGCACCCUGGGUUAUGGGCAGGUGACAGAAUGAACCCAUGCAGGCCCAGCCAGGCAGAACGUGUGUUCCCCAUCUUGGAGACCGUGUGUCAGUUGUCUGCAGUGCCAUCAGCUGAACGUCUGAGAGAAGGGCAGGCAGAACAGAUGGCCCUACACCAGAAUACAGUUUCAAGAAACAUUUUUAGAGGACACAAUCUUUAUUAAAAAAAAAAAAAAAUCUCACACCUCUUGAAGAAGAAAGUUCUAAUGUGUAAAGUGGAUAGGGUGGGAGGUGCACCAUAUUCCAGCAACUGCCAAAGAAGGCGACAAUAUGUUUCACGUUGCACUGCAGCAUUGGGUAAGUGUGACCCAGGUAUAAAUGGAUGCAGAAAGAUGGGAGAUGAGCACAGCACCUUCCCCUGAGGUGGGCAUGGGGCUGAUACUGAUACAGGGUGAGGAAGGAGAGCACAGGGGACUGUAAGACACACAACAUCAGCGCUCAGUUUGGUUUCACAGAGACAAAGGAAGACAACGUGGGAUGUCCCACAAAAUCAGCAGCACCCACUGGAAGAAAUAACCGAGCAAAUAAAUGGCACAUUCCCUGCCUGGCUGCUUCCCACCAGGGAGGCUGACACCACACAGCACGGGGGCAGCCCACGCAGACCCCCUGUUUCUCUGCCCCUCCUCCUGGGCUUGAUCUAGCUGUGUAAACACACAGCAUGGUGAGAGUGGUAUUUAUGUCCCCGCUCAUCUGAGCAGCGACCCGUUGUGAUGCUGUGAAUCGGGUCAGGGGAGCACGGAGGGGAGGAGGGGGCUGCAGGAACAACAGCACUCUGCAUACAGCACUCCGCAUACAGCACCCAUCAUGGAAGGGACGGGCACAGUCAGAAUUAAUGCACACUGAAAACAUCCAGCAGGCUUCUUCCACGCAUUUCCUAAUCUGGUUGCCAGGACGAUCUGUUCUUUAAGCUAAAUAUAUCAUGCCAGCACCACAGAUAUUUUGGGGGGAAUUUUGCAUGGUUGAAGAAGUGACUGAAUUACAAGUAGGGCCUUAAUUAUAGUUGAAGGCCCUUUGCUGGAAUGGCGAUUCGAUUUUUCUAAUUUCUGAACAAAGAUGACACCUGACAAGUGUGUUUAAUCGCCCUCUCCCCUUUAAUUCUAAGCCCUUUAGCUAGAUCCACACUUACAUACAUGUGUGUGUGGAUGGAAGGAAUCAUCUAUUACCAUCAGAACAAAGCAUCAGAAACAUAGCACAGGCCACAGCUUCACUGGGCGAAAAUGAGCUCUGCCACAACCACCACCCAUAUCGUGCCUUCUGCAGGCACCUACGCCUACCUGUCCCUGCUGUGGGGGCACAGAACUGCUGCCCGUGCUUACUGACCAUGCACACAGCCCUUUGCACAUCCAAAUCCCCACGCAGAUACCAGCAGUGCACCAACACCCACUGUUGGUCUCAUUCCUUCUCUGAGCAAGGCGAAUCUCCACCCGCCGGCUGCAGCCCCCCUCCCUGCAGUGGAGUCACCAACUGAUCCAAACCAACUGUGCCAAAGCAGCGCCAGCUGCUGCAUCUGAACACCUCCCCUUGGGGAGGCUCUGAGCACCACCACACAUCCUGCUCCAAAACCCACCACCUCUCCUCCAUCCCCCACCCGUCCAACCACGGGCACUGCAGAGAAGCAAUGGGAACGGCUGCCCCAGCCAAGGCCCUGCCAGACCGCAUCCCUGCAGCAGCUGGAGGAAUUGCUUCAACUUGUUCCUGAGCAUCUCUCCGCUGAUAUGAAAGGUUUACUGCAUCUCCUAGGGCUCAUUAACUGGUUAAUUCUUCCCCAUUAAGAGGAGGCAGAAGUUUUAUGGCUUUCAUUCUGAAGAGCAACUUGAUUCAUCUUGAAAUCAGACACAUUUCCUCUCCUACCAUCUUCUUGUUGUUUUUCUUCCCUUUUUAAUCAUUUGUAAUGUUCCCUCCCUGGGUUCUGGGAGGCUUCUUUAUAUUUUUAUUUUUCCAGUGCAUUACUGGAAUUAGAACUAUUUGUUCAGCCUGGGGAAUGAGGCCUCCCAUCAAGCUCCCCUCUCACAGCAUUGUUUCCACACUAUUACAGCAAUAAGGUGUGCUGCCACAUAAGCCAGGCCUUUGGCUGGUUAAUGGACCACAGCGUGUUGAAAUGCAGCUGCUCAGCUGAAUUCCACACACAGCAAAGCAACGCAGAAAGCAAAACCUGUGACCCACCAGGCACAGCAAAUGAACAGCCCUGAGUACCACCCAACCACAUAGGCAAAAGUAAAGCCAAACACAUCCAUCUCCCUUACUGCACAAACACCAGGUUGUUUAAGAAUAUACCAAUGAAUGUAGUCAAGAAAUAGUGUUGCUCUCACCCCAAUCAUUCUUUUAUUUUUAGCUCAAUUCUUCAAAGAAAUAUCCAAGUAUUUCCACCCAGGGCAUCACCUGCACACACGUUUACAACCACACAGCCAACACCACCCCCCACGUGGUCACAGAAAAGCUAACUUUGACAUAUUCUCUUCUUGGGACCUUUGGCUCAUUCUGCAUCUGUUUCCUUAAGUUUGACUCACCAGGAUUAAGAGAGAAGAACAAAACCAAACAAACAGUGACUUCGAGAUGCUCCCUUCCUCAUUUUCCAGCAGCAACCCGCACUGUAAGAAUUCACACUGCUGAGGUGCUGAGUAAAGUCCAAGGCAGCUCCCACAAGCUGCACUAUUUCCUGGAAACGUGCAACGCUUUUAUUUGAAGGUGUGACUCGUGCUCUGCAUCCCUGUGAUAAUGACGAGGGGCCAUAAAGCACAGAUUGGUUACCAUGCAGUGCCCACUGCAGAGUCAGCCUCUGGCACUGCCCUCUGCCGUGUAAGAUGGGACUGCUUGGUUAUGGCAGUUUGUCCAGGAACUGUGCAAAAAAAAAAACCCAAAAGGGCAAAGUCUAAGCCUGAGAAAUAUGAAUCUCACCGUGCUGCAUCACGCUGGGCAGGCAGGCAGACAUCGCAACAUGCUCAGCAUCACAGGUAUAUCUGUGCUAGGGAAUUCCUGCUUUGAGCUACCAUGCUUACUCCAGCUGUUUUUACAUCCAAGAUAGGCGUUGUUGUGUGGUACAUCCAUCUCCCAGGUGGCAUCCACUUAACUCUCUGCAGUCGUUUGCAUGCAUAUCCAUUAAAAGGAACAAAUAUACUACAGAUAUAUUCCUACACAGACUGCAUGUUAGUGCCUUCCAUUUAGAUCUAUCAAGUUAAGAGGGGCAAAGCACCCACCUCAGCAGGAGCAGAGUGAGGGGUGAGAGCCCAGCAAUUCCUGCCUGGAGGGAAACAUUUUCUUCCUCCUGUUUGUUCUCCCUGCAGCUGCAGCAGUUUCCAAAUGCAAAUUAAUUUUCAACUCCCUGCUGUCCCCUGGGUCACUCAGGCAUAAAGAAUGCCUCUCCUCACAGCUGCAGGCAUGGUGAAAGGGAGGCGACUGAGAAAUUGGCUCUUUUCUUAACUGCCAGAGCUUGUAUUGCCUUCUCAGUUCGCCCUUUUUGCAACUACUUCCCCAAAAACAAGUAAUUCUCUGUGGGAACCCCACGUACCUCUUUGUAAUGCUAACCCCCUACCCAGUAAUCUCGAGUUCCAGCAAUUGAGAGGGCAGAUGGUGAAGCAAUAACAGUGCGUGUUAUGGUUGGAAAACUGCCCCAAAUAGCUCAGAGCUAUUGGCCUUCAGAAGUAUCAACUGGUGCUCCACGAGUUCGUGCAGCAGUGAAUGCAUCUGCACAAAGUGGAAUAUUCUCUACUCGUGCACAGUGGGACAGCCGCUGCUGCAGGGCCCAUCCUUCUGGGGGUGUCUGGGCACACAAAGCACAGCAGCUCUGCAUGCUUUACACAAGUGCUCAGGUGAUGUAGGCACCUUUUGGAAACGUCUGACAUGUUUGGAUCUGUGAAACUAUGCAAACCCAAUUAAGGAACAAGUGCUGCCCCAGAGUUCAUCUACAGAGCCAUUUAUUUCCCAGCCUACGCUGCCUGCAGAGCUGAGGCCAACAGGGGCUCAGAUGCACAAAAAAGUGCUGAGGUUGGAUGGUAUUUCUUCACUGCAAAAUGUUAUGUAAAUAGGGAAUGGUAGAGGUCCAUCACAUACAGGUUUGGGCUCUGACACACAGCUCAAAUCCCGGUGUGUCUCAGAUCUCCCCUUUACCAUUGGCUCCUCAAGAACAACAUGAAUCACUUGGGGAGGAUAAGAAGUGUACUGUAACUCUGUGACAUGAAGGACAUAAUAAGCUUCCAAAGAUUCAAGUACUGAGAAACGUUUACAGACGGAGAAUCACAUCCUCACCAUCUGUGAGUGUCAUUCUCUGAGCCCAUUCAGGCCCUGGCAGACCUGCUACCAUUUCUCUUGAACUGAACAAAGUAUUUCAUGGAGGAUCUUCUCCUUCACUCUCAGUCUUCUCAACAGGACUGUACCAUACAGGUACUAUUAAAGGAGGAGCAGAGUUUCAUCAAUGUCUGCAUUACAAGGCAGGUUCAUUGGGAAGCACACGGUGCACCCACUGGUUUGUGAGCUGUAACCUUGAGAGCAAUCCUGCCCUUACCUACUGUUUUAUUUAUGGCUCUCUUCCCACAGCUACCUGAGGGCAUUAUGAAUUUCACCAAAUAAAUAACCAUGCAUUAUCUUACCUGUGGCACCAAUGGGAAGUUAGGAUGCGGUUAGGUGCUGUUAAGAAGCUUAUCUGAAGAGCAUAAUAGCUACCAGAAGAGAACAAACCCCUCCCUAGUAAGCAGUUGUUGCUGGUGCCCAAUACGUAACAGGAUCGUGUAUGCUCUAAUUUGAUCUCACAGGGUUUGGAAAGGGCUCAGCUUGAUUUUUUUUUCAAUGCUGCCCAACUUGUCAUAAGUAAUUGAUAAUAAAUGUGGGAGAUUGGGGAUAAUAGGAAGAACAGAGACCAAGAAUCGGGAGUGUUAAUAAGCUUUGUCUUCUGUUGGCAUUGUCUUUUUCAGCAUGAAAAGCAACACCUCCUCCUGCACCUAAAGCACAAAGAGGAGAUUACAGCUCCUCUGAUGGGAAACCUAUAAAUCAUAAACUGUGCCAUUUCUACCCCCACCUUGUCCAGUUAAGGAAGCUGAUAAAUUAUCAAUGCAGCAAAUGCACAAAGCUGUACCAAUGCAACACAUACACGAGGAGGCACAAAACAUAUCAUUUGCUCUUAGCCUACAAAAUCCACUGUGAAUAGAGCUGACUUUGUUGGAUGGAUUCUGUCAUGAGAACACCCAGUAGCACACUCAGGGCACAUCAGGGUUAGCCUGCACCCAACUACAACCACCCAGAGAAAAACAGCACUUCCAUCCCGUGUUGGGCAACAGGAGCUUUUCAGUGUAGGCAAAGAGCUGCCAGGAUAUACACCUCAGCCUCCGUGGUCCAAGCGAUUCCAGCCUGUUACCCCACACACACCUGAACACUGAGCUCCCUGCACAGCAAUCCCUCAGCUUUGGUCCAGGAGCUCACUGUAUCUCAGUGCAGUGCCCAACCAGCUGCCAUCAGGGCCUGCAGAGCUCCAACAGCAGCCCUUGCACGGCCCACAGAGUGCACACCGACCACAGCAUUGCGUGCAGCUGCAGAGCAGGGACAGCAAACGUUCCCCAACGUUCUGAGGCACAACUGAGGACGCGGUACGGAUGCUGCAAUGCAGCAUUUAAGCAGCUCCCACACUAAACAAACACAUCCUCCUCCAGCACAGAUCUGUCUAAUUGGGGUCGGGCCACACUUCAGUUCUGUUUGGUUUCCUUUGAGAGAAAAAAUCAGAGGAAAAGAAGGCUGCCUACCCACAGAGGGCACAGAGCCUUCACCCACUGGGGACUGUGCUGGAUUUGUUGCACCUUGCAGCUCUGCACAACAAAGCAGCAGUGCAGACACCAGGGGCACAGAAGCCACUGGGAGUGUCCCUCGGGAUGAUGCAGAAUGAGCUGCUCCGUGCUGAGCACGGUCUGCUUUCAAGUGGUGCCUCGCUGGCAGGCAAGAAAAAGCCCAGAAGAGCCAACAAAUGAGUAAUGCACUAAAAUAAAACGGAGAUGGCGCUCCCAAGGCAGGCUGUGAUGGCCAUUGGGUAUGUACUGCAUAAGCCAGCCAUGUUUGAGGGAUGCAUCACCAUGGCCUUGGGUAGAUUUAAACCCAACAGAGAAGUCAAAAAUCCUUCAUAUCAUAACUGGUUUUACUCCUACAGGCAUCAGCCCAUCAGUCAAUACUCACACGUGGAACAAGAAGGGCAGGCUGUGCUGCUUUCACUGCAAACAACGUGCCCAUGUAAUACUAACACAAAAUGGCCCAAAGUGUAAACACACUACAACCUGGAUUUAAAAAAAACACACAUACAACUGAACCCCAAAACCAGGAUGUUACAGCUGCCAGCCCAUAAUCACUGCAAUCCCCAGCAUGAGUCACCAGUCAUAAAGGGAGAUUUCAAGGCGCAGUACUCAUCCCUACUGCUGUUUUUGCUGCUAACAUCCUUACCUCCCUCCCUCUACCUGUUUAUAGGGUUAUUUCUCAGGUGCCUACACAACAAUUACAAAAUUGACAAAUUGCAUCCUCAUCAAAAACAAAAAGGCAACAAGGGCCUGCUUGCUCCACACAUCCUAUCACAGCCAGCCACCCUCCCCUCGGGACAGACUCCGGUAAGCAGAGGCAUCAUGUCCUGCAGUUCUGCAGACACAAGUUCUGUCACGCCAACCUGAGAUGCAUUUUCUGCCUCAGUGAAGACCAAACUCAAAAACUCAGGGGAUCUGAGAUAAAGCUUUGCCAAUCAGGGAGCUGAACGCAGAGCACACCUAUGGAGCUCUGCGGGAUGCUGUCACCUGGGCUCCUGUUCCACCAAUAAUGUCACUGCUGUAUCACUUCCCUCCUGGACAUCUCAUGCCAAUGUAUUCUCCUUCUGACAGAGAUGCAGAAUGAGAGUGCUACUUUGCUGUGCUCACAGAAAGACAACACUCUGCAGGAGGUAAAGCACCUCCUCUUUGCACGUUCCUCCUGGGUGCACAGACAUGCAAUGCAACUUCCAGCUGCACCAUCCAAGCCCACUGCCUCAGUGUUCACGUAACAAAGCAUCAGACCUCUCAGCUGUUGUCCUACCAUCUCACUUCUACUCUCUGCAUCUAUUCUCCUCUCACCAUAACAAUGAAUCCUCUCACACACACAGUCAUGUUUAUUUCCCUGCCAAAAAAAAACAUUUAGUAUUUAUUCAAAGACUUCAAGAGAUGGAGAACUCAUCUCCAGUGCUCCCACGCCGAACCAUCACGUUCGCCUCUAAUUAGCAUUAGCCUCAGUUAAUCUUUCAGCCAUCAAUUCCCAUGACAGACUUCUCCACUGGUACCAACCUGCCCCUUGCUAGAUAUGAUCCCUCUUUCAUCUUUACGUUCCCAGCAGAGGAAGAACUCAGCAUUGAGCUGCUCCUUACCAUCCUGGCCGGAGUUGAGCAGAUGCUCUCCCAGGUCACAGCCAAACACCCUUUCCUUGAGGAUCCCCCGCUGUUUCAGUUUCUGUUUGGUUGGUCGGGACUUCAUGAAGGAACGAAGGAAGGUGAUGAGCUUGCCGUGCUUCUUUGACACUGCACAACAAAACGAAGAAAGUAAUUUGUUUCAGACUGGACUCAGUUGGACAAGGCCAAACAUAGCACAUCCAAUGGAGCACGUAAAAGCUACAAGAACACUACUAACAAUCAUAUGCCCAAGGAGGCUGUGGAUGCCCCAUCCCUGGAGGCAUUCGAGGCCAGGCUGGAUGCAGCUCUGGGCAGCCUGGUCGGGUGGUUGGCGACCCUGCACAUAGCAGGGGGUUGGAACUGGAUGAUCAUUGUGGUCCUUUUCAACCCAGGCCAUUCUAGGGUUCUAUGAUAUGCAGGCAAGACAGAUUUUCUGAAGUCCAGUAAUAAACAGAGUUGGCUUUUGUUCUGACUCUUGGGCAGCAGAGGUAACAGGGGAGCUUGUAAGGAAAGCAUUUAACACAAAGAAACGCUGAUCUGGAAUGUGGCUUCAGGUGGGAAUUACUGAAGCACUGCCCAUCAGUGGGCUGCACCACACUGCAGUGUUCACCUAUGCAGAAGGAACAAGGCUGAGCUAGCAAAACAUGCUUUUGGAUCAGGUCCUUUUAGCAGCUUGACAGCACUACAUUGAUACACAGCACCAAAAUGCAUCUGAAUACCUGAAAUCCCAAAAUCUCCAGCAAAACCCAGGUCUGCAUUCCCAGUGGCCCAACUAAACCAUUUAAUGAAACGCAGAAGCACUGAGCAGGACAAACUGUGACGAUGGGGACUUAAAUUACAGGAAUGUUUUCAAUUUGAUGGGGCUCUUUAAUUACACACAACAAACCAGCAGACUGUGCUGACACACCAAACAAAGCUAGGGCAGAUUUUGGUUGUACCCAUCACAGUGCAGUAAUAUCUCCUUUAUCAGCUCCCGUCAGCCCUGCUCAAAGGCAGACGGAGUCUCAUCCUGACCUGUGUGCAGCCAUACAGGGUGACACCAUUGGGAUGCUGUGAUAAUGCCACCAGAGCUGGCAGACUCAGGACAGACCCUUCUACCAGUCUAUCAAAUAAUACACACGUAUUCAUUGAAUCAUCUCAUAGACUAUGAAUACAGCUCUUGCUUGACUUAAUGAAAAACAAAACCAUCAGAUAAUGGAAGAACGAAGAAGAAUAUCCAAUCCCAAUGGUGCACAAAUGAUGACUCUGUGCCAGCACCUCUGACCAGCAGCACAGUGCAGUGCAUACACCUCAGUGAUGCCGAGGCAUGCUUUGCUUGGCACUGACACACACACCUCUGUGCAGAACGGAGACCCUCUUCGGACAGAAUCAAUCUGCCCUUACGCUGCUCAGCACGGGUUAAAAUAAUUGUUGUGUUUUCUGCACCAUUAAGCAGUCCUGCAAACACACAGUGCAGCAAUCCAUGACUGAGCCAGGCAGUGCCUGGGCAGACGAAGGAACCCAAGCUUUGCCUAUCCCAGCCCAGGGGAAUAGCUGCAUGCUUCCUUGGUUAAACAGCCUUCUCUGAAUCACUUCCCUCCCUGCAAGAGUUUCUCAGCUUAAAGCAACUUCUGGGGCUUACACAUAGGCAGGAAUGAUUCACUGAUAAGGGGAGUCAGGCUUCUCUGGAGUGGGGGAAGAAAAUGCAAGAGAACUCCAGCAGCGCUCUCCUUGCUGACAGGUUAUCAAAAGGAACAAAAAAAGCACGUAGGUGUCUGAUCAGGAUAAGCUAUCAUAAGAACAUGGGAGGCUGUCAGGUUUGCUGUCUUGGGGCCAAUAGCAAUAAAGGAGAAAUGCUUUCCAUCCCACUUCCAGCUCCUCUGGCAUCAUUUGACCCUCAAACCAGCAACGCAUAUCCGAAGAGAUUUCAUUUCUGAUUCAUUUCUGUUUUGAUUAAGCUAGCGCAGCAGUCCCAGUUUCUGUAUAAACACUGACACAAAGGUUGCUACCAGGAAUUCUGCAGAAUAAAUGUUUUCUGCUCCAAAACACCGCACCAAAACCUCUGCUGUCACAGCUCCAGCAGCAGCAAGGGCACCCAUGUGCCAGCCCAGUGCUCCAGCUCUGUCAGCCCAAUCUGGGGAGUGCAAAGAAGUAAUGGGAUCCAGGGAAAGGACCUAGACGAGAACAGACCUAAAAGUGUUCCAGGCUAUGGAGAUCUGGACAAACUACUUAACCCUUUCCUACUCUCCUUAGUCAGCCUAUCUAUAUAUAUUACCAGUGCUGCUGAACUAGCAACAGAAAGGCAAACAAAACUAAGUGAAAAUCCUAACGUUUAGCCAUAUUACUUUCCAUCUCAAAUGCAAACACUCUAAACCAAGCUGUUGAUUGAGAACCUGCAAGCUCUCCUAGAAGGAAAAGGGCUGAUCUUCCUCCAAGGACAGGUUUGGCCAAGCAAGCAAAGGCAAACUCUCCGUCUGCCAUAGUGAGAAUGGCUGCAAAAAGAAAUAAUAGUAGUCAAAAAACAACCCAAGGUCGGACUACUUUUAAAGUGUUGCUGGCAAGAAUACAUCAAUUAGGAGUGCAAAAAAACCCACAUCCUUCAGUGCCACAGCUGUGCUGGCCAAAGCCUUUGUGCACGGGAGGGAAAGCAGCAGAACUCCGUGGCACACAGCGUGCUGUGGCUCUGGGAAGCUGCCAUCGCCGAUCAAUCUGUGCCGUUGUUGCCAUUCCACCCAGCCUUUGUAGUGUAAGUGAGGCCCCAAAUUCCCCCGACAUUGAUAAAAACUAUUAAAUAACAAUUACUUCAUUAAAAGCAGGGCUUGCUCGCCCUCAUGCCGCAGACUAUAAAGCACUUCAGGAUAUACUUUACGCAGCUCGUUUCCUGGAGAAAUGUGUCAGCCAGCAGCUGCUUCCAAGGGCUUUCAUGGCUGCAGGUCGGCACAAAGUGCUUUUCCUGGGUUACUGAGGGCUGAAAGCCCACAUGGAUCUUUUAGGACACGCUAACCUUCAUCCGAGCAUCGCAGCAUUCCUUUUGGGUUCCUGCAUCCCCCUGUGGGGCUGCACUGGGAGCUGAGUCAUGGAGUCAUGGAAGUGACCUGGAUUAAAGCAACCCGCUGAACCUGGUGCUCUCUCUCACGCUGUGCCCUCAGUGCACAAAGCAGCACAGCACACCAUGCACUCGGUCCAGCAGCAGCCCAACCAGGUCACAGACUGCUCUCCUCACCCAGCACAGAUCUGGUAGUGAUGCAAUGACUAUGGAUCUACCCCCAUGGGAUCGGAUGCAGCCCAGUGAUACCAACAGUCCCAGCCCAAACUGCAGCAGUAUCAUGGAUGGGCUGUGAAACUCUACUGGAGACCACUUCUAACACGUAGUAUUUAAUUACAAUGGUUGCCCACUGCAGCAAAAGCAGAAGGGAAAUGAGCUCUGCCUCCCAACCCCUUGGCUUUGAAUCACGGGGACCAAAGAGGUGAAUUCUCUCAAUAAAUGCAGCCUGACUGCAUACCCAAAUCCUGGCGUGCUUUUCCCCUCUCCUUUUCAGUAAUUUCUUACUGCAGCGCUCUGAGAACAAAAUACAGCACAGACAACACUGUAUGAUGAGACACUUGCAUCCUGCGAGAGCAUCUCCUGCUUUAUGCUUCUGCCUCUGCUCAGAGAGUGGGGAAAUUAAGAGAGGCAGACAUGAGCAGCUCUCAGCACUUGCAGUUUACACGCACAUAAGAGCCAAGUGCUCAUAGACACACAGCCAUCUGGUGACCAUCAGCACCAAACUUCGAGCAGGAUAAUGGCAGCUUCUUAUGGCACGUCCUCACCAUGGGAUUGGUGACAGCACCAUGUCUUCUAAUAGACGAUGGGUAAAGUUGGACUCUAGGAGAAGAUCUGAGCUACUCAGUGACCCACAUUCCAGCUCAUACCACUGUUUGUUUCUCCUGCUCCCCCCGGGGGCUGCGUGCUGCUGAGCCCAAGCAGCCCCUGCUGAGAGCUGCUGCAGGGCUGGGGGCAAAGCAGGGCCACAUGCGGCUGCCUGGGUCAUAACACAUCAACAAACUGCAAGGCCCAGUCACAGAACCAAAGAUGGAAUCAAGAGGUGUGGGAAUGCCAUUAAAAAGCACAGCGAGGUAUUGAGAAACAAAAGUGAAAUCAAUCCUCUACGAUGAGAGAUUUACAGGAAGCCAAGCUGAAAUCAUUCCACGCUAUCAGCCCCCAGAGACCCAUUUUCCUCCAGAAUUAAGCUCUACUGUGAGGAGAGGAAGAGCAGCAAUGGGAAUCAGGAGCACAUCAGAGCUGAGAGCGAAGCUGAGUUUUGCCACCUCCCUGAUGUGCUCCUGAUUCUGCAGCCACUGUUCACAAACACGUUUACCUGCACAACCACUGCUGAGCAGACUUAGUUCAGCUGGUUCCCCUCAGAGCAAUUCUCUCGAGCUCUUUUUAAAACCUCAGUCAAUAGUUUUUAAUCUCCUUCCCUUCACACUUAGCAAGACGUGCUCUGUGGACCCACAUCUUACUGGAGAGAAAUCACACAAAGCCAAGAACUGAGUCACAUCUCCCAGUUCUCUCUCAUGUUCCUUAGCAACGGGGCAUUUUGCUUCUUUCCUCCUGCCACAACAGAUUCUAUUUUGGAAGCUAAUUUAUACAGCCCUAAAAACCCAACCAGAAUUUGGAACCACGCACCAUCACAUUCCUUUAGCUCUUGAAUGGGACCAACCACCACAUCAGUAACCACACCACUGGGCUCCCUUGCUGGCCAUAAAGAUUUUUAGGAAGAUUUCUGAAUUCCAGAGAUCUGAGUCUAAAAAUAUCCUUCUAUCUCAUAUCUAAUAGCCUUGAUAAGUGUGUAUUUGCUUAUUUGCUCGGGGAAAGCAAACAGCAACUGCUGAGCACCGUGAUGCUGCAGUAUUUACCAGCUGACAUCAGCUGAGGCCGGCCUUUGGGCAGUGCUUGUAAGCAAUACUCUCAGCAGAAUGGAGCUCCUCUCUGUGCCUGCCAGCACCACUUUCGGCUCAGGUCUGAGCAGCAGCUGCUUUUGCUCAGCAGAGGAACACCUGGCAUAGAGACCCACCAGCUCAGGAACCAACUCUGUGCAUUCCCAUUCCCAGGUUACACAACCACCUCUAUCAUCUGCUGCUGCACUUAGGUCUCGUUUGUCUCCUUACAGAAGGCUACAAAAUCAAAUGGUGCAUCUGACCAGCAGCACCGACAGUUUCCAACAUUCUUUAUGGGAUCUGAGUGUGCACAGCUGCACAUCUAUGAUGGUACACAUACACAUUACCGACAGCUUGAACAGUCUGGAGAUGGCUUCUCUACCUCCAGGAGAACAUACAUAUAAGAACCAUUCACACUGACAAAAAAAUCUUCCCAGGCACUUUGCUGCCAAGUUUUCUGGAGUAUUUACAAUGGGAUAACAGCAGUAAGUGCAAGGCCAGCUACAGGUGAGCAUCACCUGCCCACAGACAGGGAAUUCUGGUACCAAGAACUCUGCUACGCUUUCCAGGUAAAGAGAUGCCUGAUCUUUUCAUCAACUCCAAGGCCAUAAAGGAGCAUGAAGAUAAUAUGACCUGACCUCCUGAGCAAACAGACCACAGGAAAUCUCAGAAUUCAUUUCUUGAAGGAGAGCACCUCUACCCUGGGGGCAGCAGUAUAUGGCCAGGAGAUAUAAAUCACAGCCAAAGGCUAACAGAGAAAAGAGAGAGGCUUCAAAGGUACAAGAGCUGACAAGGUCAAUCUAUUAAUUCUAUUAACGUUUCCCUUGGAUCUGGGGAAAAAAGCAGUGCUCAUAGUGGUAGUGACAAAGCAGCAGGGAUGGGCUUCGGUCAGGUAACGCAGGUCUUUGCAAUGGGAGAGGGGAAAAGGUAACAGCCAGGCAACACCAGGGCAGCAGCAGAACCAGGGGAUGAGCAGUGCAAACUGGGAAAUGCAGAGCUAGGAGAAAAGGAGCGAAAGAGACACCUGCAAUAUUCUUUUUUCUUUUCUGUCUUUUUUUUUUGUUGUUGUUCAUACUAUAUUAUGCCAAAUCUCUGUGUAUCCCAACGGAGCUUAAUGCAGCCCUCUUGCUUAUCUUGCUCACCUUGGGGAUUAAUGAUCCUCCUGAAAAGCCACGUUCUGGCAGUCAGUGCAUCAGUAGCACAACCAAACCUCUAUCUGUCCACCAGGGACACCGACUGUUCCCAGCCUCACUCUGACUGGAAGGAGAACUGCCUUUGCCCUCCCUUAUUCUCACUGCCUGCAAACACCAGCCAUGUGCCCUGUGCUGUAACCUCCCCAUGACCGAAAGGCUUCAGAACGCCCUGAAUGAAGUCAGAGCGUGGCUGCUGGCUCCUCACCCUCACUGCUGACACAAACAGCAGCACUGCUGCAGGAGAUUGUCCAAAAACCUGACAGUAACCAAAACCAACCCUGAGCACCACCAAGACACACGCACACAGCCCAGAGCCUUCACUUGUCAUUCAAGCACAGCUCUGACAUCAGCCAAACCAGGAUAACCGGAGUGACUGCAGUCAAGUUCCUCCAGUUCUGCAUGCAGCACGCUUCAGCUCGGGUGGUGGGAGGAGGCAAGCAGUGAAAAAAGACCUGACAUGAAUCACUAAACAGCAAAAGCUGAAUAACAGCGAGUUUGCCAGGUGAGACCCAGUCCUGCUCCGAGAGGGCGUCUGCUCUCACGAGAGGCACUGGGAAAGGAGCUGCUGUUCCCUCAGAAAGGGAUGUGAGCAACCCACCUGGGCUGAGGAGGGCUCAGCAUCUCCUUUCUCCCAAACCACAUGGCACAGCCCCAGCACAGACCCGUCACACUGGGAGCACUGCAUACCUCUCAGUUCCCAUUGCAGCUCUCCCAGACUGGCACUGAAGAUCCCUAUCUGUUUCCACUAGCCAGAGGGCAGAUGUUUACCAUCCACACCAACUACUUUCACACUGCCGUGACCUACUCUGCCAGGGUUGACAUCAGGACAGCUCGUUGCCUAUUCACAACCUCAACUGUUUCAAUUGUUUCUGCUUCAGCUAUUGACACCCACAUCAACCCCCAUGAGGAUUCUGCCUUUAGAAGCCAAGUUUACACUCACCUAGAGUGGAAAUGAUAUUGAACACAAGGAACACAGGACACAUUCAUGUCAGUCACUUUAUAUGGCACCGAGGAUGAGAAUUACGUAUUCCCAUACAUCUCCUUACACUGCUGAAGUGUACAAAAGCUUUACUGAAAAUCAGGCCCAAUGCAUUUGCGGGCUUGCAGCAAACUAAAUCUGCUUUCUAAGACUCAGGAAUGCAGACACUGCAUUGUUCUGCGUGCUUUAUUCUUCUCCUUUAUCAUACCAGCCCAGAGCUUUGAUUUCCAGUGACUCUUUCAUCACGCCUGUGUGGUGCCCAGAACAAAGGAGGUCGGGGAGGAGUGGAAGGGGAAGGCCUCCUGCCUCCUCUCUCAUAAAUAAUAAGACCCCGCAGGGCACUUGGUCCUUAAAAUAGCCGGUAGCUUCUAGGAGGCUUUCUGAACAAAUAGGAACAGACGAGCCGUGGCUAUUUGCAAAGGGGCUGCUAUGAUCCCAGUAACUGCUCCUCCUGGGAAUUUUGUUUCCCAGAGCUGCACUCGGUGCCCCGGGGCUCCGGCACACAAUGGAUGAGCAGUUCUAAAUAGGAAGCCCCAUUUUCCAAACAAUACCACCCAUAAUAUUAAUGCUUGGGAACGCAUCCUAUGUCCUCCCAGCGCUGGUCUGAGAGGAGAGGGAAAACAAAGGAUAAAGUGAUAUGCAAAGGUCUAUUGAAAUUCAAAUGUUAGACAUGCCCAUCUGUCAGCGCCUCUUUGGAGGGGUAUAAACCCGUGGGUAACCCCGGUCGGCAGAGCACGCACAUGGGAGGGGGUCUGGGAGCUCCGGAAGUCUUCCUCCCCUGGGAUCGGGCUGGCAAUCUUCACAGCAACCAUCCCAGAUCUGAAAUGAACGCUUUAACAGCUCCGGCCUGCUACACACCCACGGCCCGGGCGUAAGUGCAAUAAACGCAGUUUUAUGGCUGCGGAUCUAGGAAGCAGGAAGGUGCAAUAGAAACCUGAAACCAGAGGUUAGUAAAAGGGAAACAGAAGUAAAGUGACAAAAGGGGGGAAGGCAUGCGGGCUUCCAUCGGCCUUUGCUACGGGCACAGCCCCGGGCUGCGGCUGCUGCUCUCAUCCCGCACACGGCGCGGUGCCCACGCGGAUCGGACAGCACACAGCAUACAGCACACAGCCCCGCUCCUCCCACCCCGCUCGGAUGGAAAAGCCGUGCAAAGACGUUCCCCAAACCGAAUACCUGGCAAGUUACUAAGCAACAAGUGGCCGCGGGGACCGACAAACGCAAGCCUUACAUAAGGAAGGAGACGGAGCCGCUCCGCGAGGCGCUCCCUUACCUUCCCGACGUGCUCCGACGGCAGCGCCCGCCCGGCCCCGCGCAGCCCGGGGCUCCCGCGGCACUCACUGCAGCCGGCGCGGAGCGGAGCGGAGGUGCGGAGCUCACCGCCCCCGAGCGCCGCCAGGCCCCUCCCCGGCACGGCGCCCCGCCGCCGGCUCCACCUCCCCAGGUGCCUCCUUCCCACCGCAGCCGGGGACGGAGCGCAGAGGGACGCGGCUCCAUCCGGGCAGAGCUCCUGGCGGCUCCGAUCGCGUCCCCUCCCCUCCCCACCUCCGUUAUCGGGACGCGAUAACGUCGGAUCUGCCCACAGCUUUCCCAUUCCUCGCACGGAGCUAAACUGCGCUUCAUGCCCCGAAGGGUACAGAGAACACCGCGCUAAGGUCAAAAACCCAGCCGGGUUGAGCCCCGCAGCCCCUCUUCUCUCCAGUGAAUGGCAUUACCUGCAUCUGCUUGAGGAAUAAACACUGCUGUGCUCUGCUGAGCCACGCUGACCCCCAGCGCCUCAGCUCACACACGGCUGCAGCGCACUCCAUCAAUCCAUCUCAGAACCGUGGGCUCACGGCUCACUGGGUCAGUUGGGCAGCCUCAGGGUCAGGAGAUUAAAGAGCAAUCUGCUUCUAUGUACGCAGACACGCUGACCGUCAGGAGGUAAAACACUUCUUUCGGUGUUCAAAUGUGUUAUUUUCAGAACUGCUUGCUGACUCACAUCUCCUAAUAAUGUUUUUCUCCAGCUACUUAUUCCACUCGAUAUUUAUUGCUGGAUCGUUUUGCAUGGACUCUGACCGUAUCACAUUUCUUUUUCCCUUAGCAGCCAACCGUGACCGCUGGAAUCCGGCUCUGUGUGUGCCCAGGUACAACCACUGCACAUACAGAAGCCACAUCCUGCUACCAGGAACGUUCUUCCUAUCAAACCCACUGAUAACCAUCACUACAAAUCCCAGCACAAACAGCAAAUGGAUGCAACAGAAGCAACGCUAUCCAAAAUGCACAGGCAGAAGGCACACGCAGCAAUUCAGAACAGAAGAUCAGCCCGCACAGGGCUGCCGAGCAGUCAUACAGAUGCACCAAACUGCCAGGAUGAUGUCUGCUUCUUUUGUUUUUUACUGUAGGACCCAAUACAUCUGAGUGCAUUGUGACAAGCUGUCCCACUUCGCACAGUUUGAAUCUAAGAAAAAACUUCCAAAUAUUUCAUUCAUAGAGGUAAAAAAAAGAAGAAAGCAGUUAGGAACGACACAAAACAUAUGCAAGUGGGGAAGAGAGGGCUUUUACUCACCUUCCCUUUAGCAAAAGCAAGUUCCCAUGAGAACAGGUCAAAGAAUUUGAUGCAAGCUUUUCUGCUGCUGUUACAGGAUUCAGUGCUGAAGAAGAAUGAGCACGACACCAACACGAGUUCUUAAAUGAAAUCCUGCAGAUGAAACUUCAGAUCAGCCGAGUCUUCGGAACUAAUUGCAGAUACAGGCUGAUUCAUGAGCAAACCCCAAAGGCCGGAGUGCUGCUGUGAUCUCUGCUGUGCAGCAGCUUAACGCUGCUGCUGGGGGGGGGGGAGGGAGGGAGAGCAGAGAGGCAAGGAGGGAUGGCAGGGCACGGGCACACAGCAGAAGCUGGUAAGCAGAGGUUUGAUGUGAGCAUCAUUGUGGCCCUGUGUGACUCCACAUGUCACUACCAGGAGAGGUCAGAGCCAAGGGCCACCAGCUAGGGCUAAAGCCGCCUGGAGAGCUUUCUGUUGUGGCUCAACAACUUGGCUCCUGCACUCAUCCAAUUAGUCAGGAAUGAUUCACAAUUAUGCAUGGAAAAGGAGAGCAGAACCGACCACCUUUCUGCCAGGAAUUCAGAGCUCUUACCACAAACAGAGCUUUGCUCAAGCCAACCAUUCUUAGAGCCGAGUCCCGCUCUGACAGAGCUUGUGAGAAAGGAAAAAAGUCUCAUUUAAAAACAACAAGAGCUCCCAGCUGGAACACAUGGAGAGCAGUGACGAGGAGCACAGAGCACUGGGCAUGGCCGCCCCAGCACCACCCCCUGCAAGUACCAUCAGCUCCAUAACAGAAGCACUCAUACAGUGCUUUCAUAUUACCGACAAUACACAGAGCACAGGGCUGGCACAGCACUGCUGAGGCCAACAGCCGUGGGCUUUCUUUGGCAGAUAAGCUGUGCCAACUCUGGCUGCUAUCUUUUUCUUCUUUACAGCAUGACCGGCUGUGCCAGGAAAAACACGAGUGUGGAUGUGGCCCAGGUUGGACACAGAGGCCUCAUUCACUGAUGCCCCACACCUGUGCUGUCACUGUGCCACACAGCCACAAGGUGCAGAGCAAUCAGCCUUCUGCUCACCAUGCAUGUGACUGCACAGGCAAUGCUCACGUGAGAUAACCGAUGCCUGUUAAAGUGCUUGCUUUGCACACACGGCAUUUGUUCCUGCAAUUAUAAAGGCUCACUGGCGUGGGGGUUGGGAGGGGACAGGCAGGUCUUGGAGCUGACCUAGAAACUCAGCUAAAAAAGCAACAAAAUGCUAUGAAUGAAACAGACAAACCAAACUGCAUCCAUCUGCCCCCCUCAGAUCCCCAGAACACUCGGAUGCCCUUUUGGUGUAGCACAGACUUCUCCUGCAGCUCCUUCCCCACACCACAGAGCCUUUUGUAACACCCAAACCUCUGUUCUCCUGGAGGGAAACUGUCACAUCCAGCCCUUCGGAAGAGCAUUUCGACCAGUUUACACACAAACGCCAGAUAACCAUCAUGACAAACCCAACCAAAUGCUACAAAUAUCUGUAUUUCCAGAGGGCCAACAUCACAUCAACGGCAAACGUUACCAAAGACCCCACAGAGUCUGUGGGUAAGAAGCACAUCCGUGGGUGCCUAUGAACACUACCCGAAUGUGGGAGUUCUGCUUCCUACCAGUGCCACAAACAGCUGCACCAGUCAAGGAUUAAAGGAUUAAGGAGGAAAAAGCAUUGACUUCCUAAUGCUGUGUGUCCCCAGGAAUUUAUCUGGAACACUUAACAUUCUUGCUCAUCCCUCCCUUAUGAGCUGGCUGGGAUUUACAGACUGCAUUUACGUGGUCAGUGUUUCAGGUUUGCCACCGGAGGCUGAAUUCAAAACCAAGUAACAGAUAAAAGGAUGUUCUCAUGGCCAGAGCUCCAAUGGUGUCUGCAGGAAAAAAAAAAACCUGCUAUUUGUCCACUUUCAGGACUUUGUUUCAGCUGAUUCCCCCACGUGGGGCAGAAGAGAUGCUGCAGGAGCAGGCAGGCAGCACGCUGCCGCCCUCCAAAUGCAACCUACCUGCAAAAUACUGCUAAAUCAAUCUGCUUUUUUAAAGUAAGCAUCCAACAAAGCACUCAUUGCAGAAGUGAAAUAAAGCCUUAAAGCCUGGUUAAAAGCAGUUCUUCCUUUGGUGACUCUAAAAGACAGCAAUGGAAGAAGAGACGUGGAUUUCAGCACUGGGACAUCAGGGGCAGCUUUGCACAUAGGAACCACAAGAAGACUGACAGCUGAAGUACAGAAAGUUGUUUCCUGCUCUCUCUGUGGAUGCAUUAGGAGCAUUUACAUCACCAUCAAACUACAGUAUUUAACCACAUUGCUUUUCUCUCUUAUUCAAGUAAGUUCUUUCCUCCAGACCAUGGCCCAAAAAGGUUCGGCACACUUUGGAAACACCAUUCUGAGGCACACACUGAAAGCCUGGAAAAAGAAGAACACUUUGCCUUUAGAAAUUCAGCAGCCAGGGAAAAGUAAAAACGAAGCUGAUUUACCAUAGAGACCAACAGCCACUUUGCCACCAAUAGUACUGAGCAUUCCCAGCACAAGACCCAGCUGGGCAGCGCUCAGGAUUGGGACUCACUCACUUGGAUGAGAUCACUUGCAGAAAAUCUGCCUUUUCCAGCUGUCAGAUAUUACAAUAAAAGCAUGUCUUUAUAAUCUAUUUCAACUACAUCUAGCUUCUAUAAGCAAACCUAGUAAAUGGUUGCUGCUAUCUUGUACAGGGUUAGACGUGAUUAGCACACAAUGGGCUCUACCUGAGCUCAGCUGUGAAUGGGUGACAGCCUCCAUAACACAUGCAGCACCCGGCUUUACAUUAUCCACCUCCAGAUCUGCUCCUAAUUAAGGCCAGGUAGGAAGAGGGCAGAAGAACAGACAAAAGGCACGAGAAAGGACAAAGUACAAUUAAAAUACCUCCUGGAACAAACUGCAGGAGAUGGACAAAUUGAUCUGCAGGGACAGCAAGUGGAGAAACAGCGCUCCAGAAAUCCAGAUGUUAGUGUUAUGCAUUCUAAGGUGUCGAUUCUAUAGUACAUUCUAGACCUGAAGUAUUCUUUCCUAGCAAUGUCUGCAUGCAGAAACAGUGAUGUGGAACGGCAUGGUCACGAAAAACAGCAAAAAAGGUGAGGUCAGAUGAGAUGAGCCAACAAAACACCUAAAUUCCCUGAGAAGUGGGGCUGCUGAGGAUGCAGGAAUAGGGCUGGCUCAGCAAUGACCACAGCACACGUCCAGCCUUCAGUUCUGGUACAAGCACACGUGUGUUAUAUAAACACAUUGCUGCAAUCAGUUCUCACAUGAAAAAGAGAGCUUUUACAAAUACAUAGAAUAGAUCACAACUGAGUUUGUAAAGGAUGAAUCACAGCAGGUUAAGCACAGCUGCAGCCCGCACACCUUUGGUCGGGCUGGGAGUUGCAGGCAGAGCUCCUUUAAGAGAUGCUGUUGGUUUCUAAGCGCAUCUCCCCCUCCGGCGCUCAGGAAGCAGCAUCGCCCACCCUGUGCUCUCCAGCAGAACAGCAGCUGGAGCCCCGCAUCCCCGUUACCAUGGUAACACAGCCCCAUCUCCAUGCCAACGGGCUGGAAGUGUGUACACAGGGAAAGUACAUAUGCAUCUCUACAUGCACGCAUAUAUUACUUUUUCAUAUAGAUAGGCACACACACAGCAUUUGCAUAUCCAAUUUUAAGACUGAUUUAUGACAUCCCAGCAACACCCCAGGAGGAGCUGUGCGUGUAAGUGAGAGCUUAAUGGCAAAACACGAUGUUUGCAGACACAGCCACAUCGCCAGCAAUGGGCUAUUGCUGGGAGGCUCACAUCAGCACUGGCAGGACCUAAAAAGAGGCUGAGAAGCAGUUGCUUUGUUUCCCUGUUGCGUUAUAUCUUAUGUCCAAAGGGCUUUUACAAAGGCACGUGUCAGACUGAGCUUUGUUUUGGAUUCCUGGAUAUCCUUCAGAGCCUCAGUGCCACUGCCUGGUGUGUGCAGGGGGAAGGAAGGGAACGGAGAGAUGGAAACAAGGGGGAAACCAGGAAGAAAGAAACGUAUGCUUUGGAAAUUCAUUGGGAUCCAGGAAUUCCCCACCCAGCAGUGUCCCAGCUCAGAAACAACACACUUGGCAUGCCUGAGCUCUGCACAAGGCCCACCCUGCUGAGCAGCACAGCGAAACCUCUGCUUUGUUUGCAGUCCUUGCAGCGCCUGCUAAGCAUGUGUUUAUGGUUAAGAACUUUGUUGAGUCAGAAGCAGGGCUGGAAGCUGUAGCAUGUCUUUAUAUAAACAGACAAUGCUGAUCCAUUAGCAGCAAUAAUUAAAAACGCCCCACAGAUUUGUAUAUUUACUAUGUGCAUAAAUGGUUUUCUUACACAUUCAGCUUUCCUCCGUUUCUUGCAGAGCUAAAGCGGACAGCUGCUUUAUCUUACAUUCCAUUCUCUGCAUUCACUGCCUAAGAUGCACGUUUUCCUCUUGACAGUGGUUUCCCCCCAAAAAUCACUCACUGCACACAAGGCAGACUCAGCACUAAGCUCCCCCAGGCCUGAGCUUCUUGUUUGGAUGGAAUGCAGAAGACACAAAGCCCAGGAAAUGCCAUCCCUGCAGGUCAGAGCAGCGGUGUGAUGCUGACACUGCCCUGCUGAGAUCCCUCCCCAGCACCCACUGCUCAGAGGCACAGAGGAGCCACCAGCACGCUGCACAGCCUCCUGCAGGAGCAGCUCACACUGCUGACCUUUCAUGCCCAAACCUUUGUCCUCUCACUCCAUAGGAGCUGAGAAAACAAGACUUCUUCAAGGAUUGGUCCUUAGGUCUGUCAAUACUGGCAGCACGUGUUCUGCCUUCUGACCACGGACUGCUUUAGGAGCCCUGGGUGUGUUGUGUGUUUGCUCCCUGUCUGCUCCCAUCCUGCAAACAGCACCUGCAUUGCCUCAGUAACAUUUUCAUUUAAUUUAGCUUUACUGAAACAGUUUGUUUACUGAAGGUUCACGAGAAUGGUACUAAUUAGGUGCAUUUUCUUUCCAUAUUUUCCUUAUAAAAACACUAAUUAAGACAUUAUGCAUUCAUCAGUGUCAAAUGGCUGUUCAGCCCUGCCAUCUGCAGCGUGUUCCAUCUAUGUGCACCUCAUUCUUCCCGAUCUUUUAACCAAACACCCCUUCACAUCCCCUUGAUUUCAUACAAUAAGAGCACCUUUCCUUGUUAAAUCUGAAUUAAAUGAAUGGAUAAGAGAAGAAUUUGGAAAACAUCCUCCACAAACGUGGGCAGAGCUGUUGGGCCCAUUGACUCCAUUGCCCUGAGCAGGAUGGAGCGGGGGGUGAGAAGCAUCCCUGAGUUCUUAAGAACACAUUUUUUGGGGAAAAAAAUUACCUUCUUAUCUCUCCAUUUCUUCACUUGAGCUCAAACUGCCACACUGACAGCUGUGUGCCACGUGGAACAAGAUGCUCCCCACCAGCAAGCACGUUUACAGCCCAACAGCAAUGACACCACCUCAAGGCAUGGGACAAACUGCAUGGGUGAGGUGAAGCACGGCUGGUGGUUUUAAAUACUGCCAGACUACAAAUAUCCACGGUUAUGAGAAAGAAUGGGGUGAAACAGACAGCUGAGACACACUGCCUGGGAGAGCUGUGUGUGCAAAGCAGUGAGCAAGGACAGCAUGAGCACACACAGACACUGCUCCAGGCAGAGCCAGAAGUGGGCAGAGCUGUGCAAGAAGAGGAAAUGCAGCCACAACCCACGGGCAAUUCCCAAAUGCAGUCAGAAGGACUCCCACAGCCCAUAGAAAUGCUGCUUCUAGAAGCAGUUUGCACUUCAGCACAGCACUCCUCUCCUGCUGCCUUUUGUUUCCACUUGAACUUCUGUCAUUAUUGGUACCGUAUUUAAGAGCAUUGCAAUAUUUUAUGGUUCCAUUAAAAUGUUGCCCUCAUCACUUCUGCAAAUCAAA